CCCAGAGAGGGGGGCGGCCACGAUACUUAUCCUCAUUGAUUUCAAACAUGCUGCGUUUGUGGAUGGUGUUCUGCUUUCUCGCUGUGAUGUCAGCAAAAGUUACAUUUUCUCAAACAUGCGGUGGCUUCUCCGACAUCAUCUUCCUCAUAGACGACUCCGACAGCACCAAACGUAACAACCCCGCCGACAAAGAUACCGUGACGUACGCCCAGGGCGUCACCUCCUUCGUCCAACACUUCAUCGACAACACUAACCUCUUCAACAUCCGCAUCGCUGUUAUCGCCUUCAGCAAAACGACACGCGUCAUCGCCGACUUCACAUCCAACACCACCAUCCUCACCAACGCCCUCACCUCUUUCCAGCCAGAAUAUAGGGGGUCCGACAGCGUCGAGGGGAUGAAGUUAGUUAAGACCAUGUUCAGAUCCUCUGGACGCAUGGGAGCGAGGCAUCUGGCCGUCCUUGUUACAGACGGGUCGACCAUCAACCCCAAUCUUGCCGGGGAUUACGCUCAGCGAUGUCAAGAUGCUGGGAUCGAGAUAACCUCUGUUGCUUUUGGUGACGCCAUAACCUUGCAGGAGUUGAUGCUGUACUCAAAUCAAAGUGAACGUACUUUCAAGGUCAUGAACGACACGGAGCUAUCAACCCUGAUACCAAACGUCACGGAUAUCGUUUGCCUAGACCCAUGCAAAGCACCAAUGUCUGCAAGUGAACCUGGCUUAUAUCGGUAUCCGGGAAACUGCGCCAAGUUUUUACAAGUUGCUCCUUUCAAUCGAACCGACCUUGUUUGCGUGCCCAAGGAUUGUUCCUACACCACCAUGUGGAAUGACCGGUUGAAGAUCUGCGACUUCCCAGCCUCCGCCACCUGUGAUCCGUGUAGAAGCCAGGCAGAUGGUCGUCAAGCUUCCUAUCACCUCUACUGCAACUCCUACUGGGAAUGUCAAGGGGGCGUGUCCCAGCCACGCUGUUGUGGGUCGGGGAAGAAAUAUGUGGAGGGGUCGGGAUGCGUGGCGGCAGGGAUGGGCGAAUGCCAGAAUCCAUGUCCCAUGUAAAUAUGGUACUAUAUAGAUGAUCAUGGUAGGUUUUUUGUUGAAAUGACCGGUGUUAAAGUUGACGUGAUGUUGCUGAGCAACGGAAGACUUCAUGUUCGCAAGACACUGUGUGGUGAAUAAAGACUAUAUACAAC